AUGCCACCAAUUCGGUUGUCUGCUGUGGUCGUCGCGGCUUCCUUGGUUACAACGCCCCUUGCAAUUGAUUUUGGUGGCGAGAAUGAUGUCGCGCAAACCGCUGGUACCGUUGCCCCUGGAGGCGAGACGCAAGCUUCGUCUUUCACUCCUGGGGCCGGGGGCUUUGAGAACUUCGGAGACACCAAUCAGUGGGUGCAGACGGCGUCUUCAAACAACGUGAUGACCACCAGUGGAAGUGGCUAUCAGGGAUGGUCUCAACCAGCGACAGGCUCUCCUUCUGUGUGGACUGGUGAUAGCGAGAGCCAAGUCUGGAACCCAAGUGGGCAAUCGAGUGGAAUGGGAGGCCAAAGCUGGUCACCGUCGAAUGGAUUUGAUGACCAGGACAACGGUCCUCCUGGAAUGGAUGUAAGUCUCGAAUGCAGUGGUUCGGACGAGGAUCUCUUCACCGGUAGUCUGGAAUGCAGCGGAUCGGAUGAAGAAGAGACUUCUACACCAGCUACGCCUUCCGAUACCUCGGAAACAACGCCCACGACUGCAGCCCCGUCUAGUGAGACUAGUGACCAAAGCUUGUCACCGUCGCCACCAUCGACUUCUUCAUCGGAUACGGCCGUCUCGCAAGCGGGCGAAUACGAAAACUCUGCUCCAGAGACGACAUCUUCUUUGAGAACGGAGCCAACGACGGCUUCCAGUAGUUUCGGUGAAGAAGGAGACUCGUUGCAGACACAGUUCACUUCAACAGCUUCAUCCUCCAACAUACCGACAUCUUCAUCCAGUACAACAGGUCAGCAAGAGGAACUGCCUGCAGCUCAAACAUCCAGUAACACUAGCAGUAGCGGACACGCCACGUUCGGAACCAUCAAGUCCAAAUCCGGCGAGUGCGUUGUCAGCGAUCCAGACACGUAUAUUUCUGCCGAAGACCUUACGUGGAUCUGGAACAACCGGAUGAAGAGCGAGGUGGAGCCGUACAAUAACUGGAUCAUGGACCAUCUUGUGGCCAAUAAAGGUACAAUCAACUACUGCAUCCGCUGGGAUAGCAGCACCACCAAGCUCACCAAAGAGAUUGCCCAGAAGCUCCAGCCUAUGUUGACGCGUCAACACGCUGCGUGGAACCGCUGGUUGAUCGGCUACGACUGCUGGCCGUUCGACGAGAUCAAGGUGAACAUUGUGGGCUUUGCUGCGAAGACAGCCUCGGACUUGGGAUGGUCGGAUAGCUCGAUGGGAAAGCUCUACAUUGGCGACCUGGACAAGGACGGCGCCCCUCAAUGUCCCGAGAACUGCUAUCGAUCGGUGGAUGGAUCACCCGGAGGAUGGUCGGAGUCCAGUGGGUGCGAAGGCAAACCUUUUGAUAUCUCGCUAUGGCCCAAACAAGGCCUGGGUGGUGGCUGGGGAACCUACUGGGGUCAGCAGGUGAACCUUGACGAUAUGCUGGAGCACCUUGACGACGACGAACUCGAGAUUGUCUCGCACGAAAUGGGUCACGGUUUUGGCCUCCCGGAUUUCUACCAGCAGCCCAAGCCUGAUAACUUCAAGCCUUGCCUCAUGGACGCCAUGACCUCUUCGAGCGUGAGGGGCACUGACGGCUGGCUGCUGCGUCGAGUACUGGAGUACAAGAAGCGCAACUACAAUUUCUGA